AUGACUGUCAAGCCGAAGGGUGACCGGGAGAAGGUCGUCGUCAAUACGGUGCGCCUGACGUCGACGCAGACGGCGCAGGAUCCAGAACACCAAGGGACGCAGGCGAAAUCUCGAUGGAAGCUACUGAACCCGCUCCGACUGCAGAAGAUUCCGGAUGUGCCGCAAGAAAGGAUAGCAUCGAAAGAGUAUGGAGCUAGUUUCCUGAGUCGCAUCUUCUUCCUGUGGGUUACCCCUUUUAUCAAAAUAGGCUACCUGCGUGAACUGGAGCUCGAGGAUAUCUGGAAAGUCAGCCCAAACCGAACAGUCGAGAACCUAACAGAGAGGCUAGACACCGCUCUGCAACAGCAUUUGAACAGCGGGAGAAACAGACCUCUUCUAAGAGCGAUAUGCACCACCUUCAACAAGGAACUAUGGAUUGGACUGCUGUGCCAAGUCCUCAGCAAUGUUUUGGGCAUCAUGGGCCCCUAUCUAGUCCGCCACUUGGUGUCGUAUGGUAUGGCUGUGGUGGAAUCCCAGCGCAACGGCACGCCAGGUCCAGCCAUGGGCCAGGGAAUGGGCUAUGCUGUCGGCAUAUUCUGCAUGCAGGCGACACAAUCGCUAUCAAUGAGUUGUGCGCUGUACGCGGCUGCCAUGGUUGGCGGGCAAUUACGAGGUGUUAUGACUUCGAAGAUAUUCACAAAGGCGAUGGCUUUGUCUGCUCGCGCCAAGGCUGGUACCGUCACUGCUACAGAGGGGGAAACACCAGUGGGACAUGGAGAUGGAAAAUCUAGGACAGCAAAGACAGAUGCAGACGCCGGGGCGUCCGGCUGGGAUAACGGGCGAAUUACCACCCUCAUGGGCGUCGAUGCCCUGCGCGUCGACCACGGAUUCGCCUUUCUCUUCAUGUUCUUAGUCGUCCCUGUCGCCUUGGUCCUCGCGCUGGUCAUGUCAGUGCUCAUCAUAGGCUACAGCGCACUCCCGGGCUACGGACUCCUGAUCGUCGGAGUCGGCAUCCUCACCUUCGUCAUCAAACAUCUCGUCACUAUCCGAAUGGACAUCAACAAGAUCACAGACGCACGCGUCUCACUAACGCAAGAGAUCCUGCAGAACGUGCGCUUCGUCAAACUCUUCGGGUGGGAAAGCAGCUUCCUCGCGCGCAUGCAAGCCAGCCGGAAGACUGAAUUGCGGUAUCUUCAAAAAUUCUUCAAGGUCCAGAUGGCCAUUAUCGUCUGCAUGACGUCGACGCCGUCCUACGCUGCCAUGGUAGUCUUCAUCGUGUACGCUGUGACGGGUCAUGAUCUCUCGCCGGACCGCAUAUUCGCCGCUCUUGCCAUUUUCAAUGCCGUUCGAAACCCGUUGUCGAGCUUUAAUUUUGCAAUGACGAAGGUGACGGAUGGUUGGGCGGCUCUUAUACGGCUUGAACAGUUCUUUUUGGCGGAGGAGCGGGAGGAGCUGAUCCAGUGGGAUUAUGGGAUGAAGGAGGCUAUUGAGGCGGAGAACGCAUCUUUUACGUGGGAGCAGGCAGCGACAGUAGACAAAGAGUUCGCGGAAGAGUCAUCAGCCGACUCGGCCUCCAGUUUGGAGAGUGAUUAUCGCAGCGACGCCUCCCAGUCUCGCCCGUUUACGCUCAAUAACGUAAACAUCGCAGUCGGUCGUGGUGAACUUAUUGCCGUGAUAGGAGGCGUGGGCAGUGGGAAAAGCUCAUUUCUCGGAGCCCUUGCGGGCGAUAUGCGAUUGACGUCUGGUCAUGUUCGCAUGGGCGUGACGAGAGCCUAUUGCCCGCAGUAUGCUUGGAUACAGAACGCGACUGUCCGAGACAACAUCCUCUUUGGGAAUGAAUACGACGAGGCGCGCUAUAAUGCAGUGGUAGAUGCGUGCGCACUACGCGCAGACCUAGCCAUGCUGACCCACGGGGAUGAGACAGAGGUGGGAGAACGAGGAAUCACUGUUUCAGGGGGCCAGAAACAGAGAUUGAACAUUGCACGUGCGAUUUACUCUAAUUCAGACCUGAUUCUCAUGGAUGAUCCCCUGUCUGCUGUUGAUGCCCAUGUGGGGCGUCAUAUAAUGGAUAAUGCUAUAUGCGGGUUGUUAAAAGACCGGUGUCGCGUGCUGGCUACGCAUCAGCUUCAUGUUCUUUCGCGCUGCGAUCGAAUCGUUGUUAUGGACGAAGGGAACCUCCACGCGGUUGGGACGUUCGAGGAACUCAUGCGCACUGAUAGUCUGUUUCAGGAGCUCAUGCUCAACGCACCCCAGCAGGAGGGCUCGGACAGUGAGUCGGAUGAUGACAAGCCUAGUCAGAAUGUACCGUCACAAUCGCGCCCUGACAACGUGAGUCAAAGACCGGCCCCUGCACUGAUGCAGCAAGAAGAGCGGGCAUCCGAAGGAUGGGGCGUCUGGGGUACAUAUAUCGCAGCGUCGGGGUCCUUCCUCAACCUUCCCAUUGCUCUCAUUUUCCUGGUUCUCGCUGGCGGCAUGACCCUAAUGACAGGUGUCUGGCUGUCAUUCUGGACGUCUAACCGAUUCCCAAGUUUGUCUUUGGGCCAAUACAUGGGAAUCUACGCAGCCCUCACCGUCUUUCAGUCAGUCAUGCUCUAUCUGCAGUCUGUGCAGGUGAAAGAGGCCGCCGCCGCUGCCAGCAGGAGGAUGCUGCAGCAGGCAAUGUACCGAGUCCUGCGGGCCCCGGUGUCGUUCUUCGACACCACGCCCCUAGGCCGCAUCACGAAUCGCUUCUCGCAAGACGUCCAGAUCAUGGACACGGAGAUUGCUGACUCUCUCCGAUUGUUUCUUUUUGCGGGUAUCCAGGUAGUGGGGAUUAUCAUCAUGGUCAUCGUAUUCUAUUACUACUUCGCCAUUGCAGCCGCAAUACUGCUCGCAGUAGCUGUAACAUCUAUUUGCGUUUUCCUGCCGUCUUCGCGAGGCACCAAACGAUACGAGGCAGUCCUCCGAUCCGUCGUUUUCGCACGGUUCGGAGAAAGCAUCAUCGGAUCGACUUGCAUUCAAGCCUACCACAAGGAAGCGCACUUCCGGGAGAGACUCCACGAGGCCAUUGACUCCAUGAACGGGGCUUACUUCCUCACCAUCGCCAACCAGCGCUGGCUCAACACCCUGCUCGACUCCGUCAGCAACACCAUGAUCCUAGUCAUAGUCCUCCUGGUCGCAGCCGCCCGCUUCCCAGUAGAUCCCAGCGUCUCGGGCCUGAUCUUAUCGUACAUGCUCACUAUCUCACAGCAGAUGACCUUCGGCGUGCGCAUGUUCGCCGGCCUCGACAACGAGCUCAACUCGGUCGAGCGCAUAGCGCACUACGCCAACCACCUAGAACAGGAAGCACCCCUCCACCAAGCCCCCGUCCCAGCCAACUGGCCCGAAAAAGGCCGCAUCGUCUUCUCAGACGUACAGAUGCGCUACCGCCCCAACCUGCCCCUCAUCCUCAAAGGCGUAACCAUGGACGUCCGCGGCGGCGAACGCAUCGGCAUAGUCGGCCGCACAGGCGCCGGCAAAUCAAGCAUCAUGACAGCCCUAUUCCGAUUGACGGAGCUCUCAGGCGGACACAUCUCCAUCGACGACGUUGACAUCGCCACUGUAGGCCUGUACGACCUGCGCACCCGUCUCACUAUCAUCCCGCAAGACCCGACCCUCUUCCACGGCACUAUCCGCUCUAACCUUGACCCCUUUAACGAACACACUGACCUCGAACUCUGGUCCGCUAUGCGUAAAGCCCAUCUCGUUGCCCAGGACUCUCCAAAGGACAUCCCGUCCGCCUCGUUCUCUGCUGCUACAUCAUCCACAUCAUCUGUACCCCCAGGGCAAACCCGGAAUCACCUCCACCUCGACACAACAGUCGAUAAAGAAGGCUUGAACUUCUCCCUCGGACAGCGCCAGCUGAUGGCUCUCGCGCGGGCCCUCGUCCGCGACUCAAGAAUCAUCAUCUGUGACGAGGCGACCUCGUCCGUUGACUUCGAGACCGACGCCCGAGUGCAGGAGACCAUGACGACUGGGUUCGGGGGCAAGACUGUGCUGUGUAUUGCUCACCGGCUGCGGACUAUCAUCCACUAUGACCGUAUCUGUGUUAUGGAUCAGGGAUGUAUUGCGGAGUUGGAUUCUCCGGUGAAUCUGUGGGAUCGAGGGGGGAUCUUCAGGGGCAUGUGUGAGCGGAGCGGGAUUCGGAGGGAGGAUAUUGAGGUGUCUGGAUAG